AUGACUUUUCUGUUCUACCUGGGUAGAGUGUUCGAGAUCGUGGGGGUGGAUUUUGCGGGCCCAUUGUAUCUCAAGGCUGAAGUUAAGGCCUGGGUCUGCAUUUUUACCUGUGCGGUGUAUCGAGCGGUACAUUUAGAGUUGGUGUCGUCCCUUUCCGCGGAAAGGUUUAUGGAGGCAUUUCGGAGAUUCGUAUCCCGAAGGGGACGGCCGAACACGGUAUACAGCGAUAACGGGACUAAUUUCGGAGGUUUCAACAACUUGUUGAAACAAGUUGAUCGAGAAAAAAUCGAAGAGUUUUGUGUGUUACGUAAGAUAGAAUGGAGAUUCAACCCUCCAAGUGCUCCCUGGUGGGGAGGUUGGUGGGAGCGGUUGAUCCAGAUUUUGAAACGCAUGUUGCGGAAAAUACUUGGCAAAGCUUGCUUGGGUUACGAAGAGAUGUUUACCGUACUGUGUGAUUGCGAAUCCGUGAUUAACGCUCGUCCUUUGACAUAUUUAUCUGACGAUCCUCGGGAUCUGGCUCCUAUUACGCCUAAUUUAUUUCUGCAAGAAAUUCGCGAGGUUCAGAUAUCGGCAAUUCUUAUAAUAAAAGAAGAGCUACGUAAACGUUUUCGAGUGGAAUACCUCGGGCAAUUGAAAUAUGCUUCCUCUAGGAGAUCCUUCGAGCAUCGCCAGAUAAAAGUUGGUGAUGUUGUACUUGUUGGAGAUGAGUGUAAUAAGCGAAUAGAAUGGCCCUUAGGUCGAGUAUUGGAGCUUUUCCCUGGGAAAGACGGGGUUGUGAGAGUCGUGCGUUUACGUACCGCAAGGGGUCUUCUGGUGCGGCCCGUUCAAAAAUUGUAUCAUUUAGAAGUGGACACGGAUAUGGAACAGGAGGAGUUGAAUAAAAUCUAUGAUAAAAGGAUUAACUCAAAAACUACCAAUCGUAAUAUAAGGAGUGACAAGCAAAAACAGGUAUCAGACGUAGGGAAGUUAAGUGGUGAGAGUAUGCCUCCUGUGCCAUAUACAACCCGAAGCGGACGUACUGUAAGAUGUCCUGAAAAAUUGUGA